AUGAAUUUUGAAGACGUUGCGUUGCUUCAUGUAAUUGAUGAUGUUGCUGACGCUGAAGAGCAAGUAGAUCCCAGGCAAAAUCCAUUUUUAUUGUCCGACGAUAAAUUUAUUAAAAAAAGGCACCGUCAGUCAGAUUCAGAAGAUGAUAACUCAUUCAGUUCUGAUAAGCAGGAGAAUGUUGUUAUAAGCGAGGAAGAGGGAGAUUCAAUAGGACCAGAAAAUGCUGACAGUUCUUAUGAAUCAGAAUCUACAGAUACAGAGGCAGUAACUAAAAAUUUACGUUCACGAGUUCCAACUAAAAGAAGGGGGGUUAAAAAUAAAUUCGUCCAGAAAAUAUGUGAAAAAUGGAAAACUGAGUUUAAGUGGCUUGUUUAUAAGGAAAAUCAGAGCUUCUGCAUAUAUUGCAAAAGAAUUAUAUUAGGUAGUUUUACUCAUAUGAUUAGACAUGAGAAGACAGUCAGACACAAGAACAAAAUGAAGUCACUAAGAAAAAUAGUUGAUAUAAGGCAAUUCCAAACAGCUAUUGAUGAAAAAAAAAUCUUUACCCUGAAGGUAAAAGAGUGUGAACUAAAAUUAUUAGCACUUAUAGUGGAACAUAAUUUGCCAAUGCUAAUUAUGGACCACCUUCCGCAGCUAUUAGUUUCUGCAGUACCGGAUUCAAAGAUUUUGAAAGCUGUACAUUGCAGUAGAACAAAAACUACAGCUUCAUUACAAAUGUUUAAGGAUGAAAGUGAAAAGUGUAUAUCAGAUAUUUUAAAGAUCACAAAGUUUUCACUUAUUGUUGAUGAAACCACAGAUAUAGCAGUGAAAAAGUGCUUGGCUAUUGUUGUCAGAUAUGUUGAUAUGAAUCUCUUAAAAGUACGGGACCGCCUUCUUUCUUUGGUGGAGGUAUCUGAAUCAAAUGCUGAAGGUAUUAUAAAAGAAAUUUUAAAAGUUAUUACAAACUUGUCCAUACCUGUAAAAAAUCUAAUAGGUUUUGGUGCUGAUAACGUCAAUGUUAUGAUGGGCAAGUAUAAUGGGGUACAGGCAAAACUGAAAGAAAUAAAUAACGAUAUUUUUGUUAUGGGUUGUAUCUGCCACUCCCUCCAUUUAGCUGCCUCAGCUGCAGCAAAAAAACUCCCGAAUGCAGUUGAAGAUUUUGUAAGGGAUAUUUACAAUUAUUUAAGUGGUAGCAGUAAAAGAUUAAAGGAGUUUAAAGAAUUUCAAGAUUUCGUUAACUGUAAGCCUCAUAAAAUACUUAAGCCAAGUCAAACCCGUUGGUUAUCUUUGGAGAUGGUUGUGAAAAGAACACUUGAGCAAUGGAAUGCUCUUCAAUUGUUUUUUAAUUCAGCUGUUCUGGAGGACAACUUGGAUGCUGCUAAAUCUAUUUUUGAUAAGUUACACAACAUAUUUUUUAAAUUAUAUUUAUCAUUUUUGGGAUAUAUUUUACCUAUGAUAAAUAAAAUGAAUCUAGAGUUUCAGUCAGAAACACCUAAGUUGUAUACUGUAUACACUCGCCUAGAAACUAUAUCAAAAACUAUAUUAAAAAAUUUCAUGAAAUCUGACUAG